CCCGCCAGCCUACUACUUCCGCCAGGGCUAUGGCAAUGGCUCCAACUCAUGGCUCGUCUACCUGCAUGGUGGCGGGUGGUGCCUCAACUUCAACGACUGUGCCUUGCGAGCCGACUCCUACCGCGGGUCCUCCCGCUACUGGCCCUCGCCCUCCUCGCCCUCCAAUCUCACCCACCUCAUGGCAGGUUACCGCAUGAGCUUCACAGGCAUACUCAGCGGCAACGCAGCCAACAACCCCUUUUUCCACAACUGGAACAUGGCAGUCGUCAUGUACUGCGACGGAGGCGCUUAUAUGGGGUACAAAGGCCGCAUGCAGCAGGGCUCUAAGAGAGUCUUCCUCUCAGGCCACCACAUUCUCAAGAACACUCUGAUUGACCUGCAGCAGCAGAGGGGCAUGGGAACAGCAGCAUCGGCUCUCAUCGCCGGGUGUUCAGCGGGAGGGCAGGCUGUCGCAGUGGGGUGUGACUGGAUGGCCUCGUUUCUGCCACGCUCCGCUAAAGCCAAGUGCGCUACUGAUGCGUCCUUCUUUCUGG